AUGCCAUUCGCAGGAGACGACGACAAAGCCGCAGUUGUUGCUGCUGUUCUUUUCACUUUCGUUGCGUUUUGCACUGCAUUUUAUUUGGCAAUUUGUGUGCAUUUUUCAACAGCUGUGAUAUUUUGCCAUCGCAUCGUGGCGGCAAGAUGAUGAAAAUCGGCGAAAAAAGCGGGAGCAGAAGCAGCAGAUAAUAAUAGAAGCCACGUACUUGUGCGUGUGUGUGCGUUGUGUAUGGGCUGAGCGCCAGUGUUUGUGUGUGUUUUUGCAAAAAAAAAAAAAACCGGAAAAGCAGAAACACAGACACGAAUGCGGAUGCGGAUGUAGAAGCGGAUGCAAAGGCCACUGCGGAUAUAAUCCACAAACACAAAAUGCAAAUCCUGCAAGUGUUUCUGGGCACGCUGCUCUGCGGCAUCGUCCUGGGCGCCAAUGUACUGACAGUUUUUCCCAGUGUCUGGAAAUCCCACUAUCUCUUUGGCCGGAGAUUGCUUCAGGAGCUGGUGGAGAGUUCGGGCAACCACUCCGUAACUCUGAUCAGUCCACAUGCCGCGCAGGAAGGUGUGGAUGCGGAAAUACCCAAAAUCAGGGAGCUGCGCAUCGAAGGGCUGCGGGAAAACUGGCUCGACAUGGGCAUGAGUUUUGAGGCCGAGGAAAUGCGGGCCCAGAGUGUGAUGGAAAGGUUCACCCGGCUGAUCUACGCUGGCACCACCAAUGUGGACAUUUUGCUGUCGGAUCCCCAGGUCCGGAAGCUCCUGACCAGCGGCGAAAAGUUCGACUUACUCAUAGUGGACCUGUUCUUAAGCGAUGCUCUGCUAGGCUUGGCCUUCUACUAUGGCAUACCCACCGUUGCAGUCAGUCCCACUGGCGCGAAUUCCUGGCUGAAUAACAUGUUUGGCAAUCCGCAAUCGUCCUCACUGGAUCCCAGCAAUUUCCUGCCCUUCACGGAGAGAAUGAACACGAGGCAGAGGAUUCUAAACUCGCUUAUGAGCACCUUUGAGCGCUUGACCUACAACUUUUUCCACUUGAUCUCCCAGCAAUCCGUGUACACAAAUCACUUCGAACUGCUCGUUAAGGAGCUGCCGCUUUAUAGAGAUCUGACAAAGAAUCUCAGUUUGGCCUUGAUUAACUCGCAUCCAGGCCUACAUUAUCCCCGUGCAUAUUUGCCCAACAUGGUGGAAGUGGGCGGCCUGCACUUAAGCCACUUAAAUGAUGACAAUUUGCCAAAACAUCUUCUGUCGUUCAUGGAAUCGGCUCCCAGUGGGGUUAUCUAUUUUAGCCUGGGCGCCGAUGUGGAAACAGCUCAACUGCCUCAGGAAAAGUUGGCCAUUAUUCUGGAUGUGUUUGGCCACCUCAAGGAGUUUCACUUCUUGCUGAAGUGGGAAAAGGAGGAGUUUACGGCGGAACAGGUGCUGCCAGAGAACGUUAUGAUUGCUGACUGGUGGCCACAACAGGCCAUCCUUCACCAUCCGCAGGUCAAGAUGUUUAUUAGCAGCUGCGGUCAGUUGAGCGUUUGGGAAUCGAUUAGUGGACAAAAGCCAGUACUUGCCAUACCCAUUCUAGCCGAACAAGAGGUGAUGGCUAAGCGCUUGCAGCGACAUGGAGUCUCCGUGACCGUUGGCUACGACUCGUUAGCUUACGAUUCGCUGCUCCACGGCAUAAGACAGCUCACCCUGAAUACCAGCUAUGUGGAGAAGUUGGGUCAACUCAAAGAACGACUGAUUAGCCGCGAUUCCACGCCAGUUGGAAAAGCUGUGCGAAAGAUACAGCUUAUAUUGGAGUCUGGAGGAGCUGACUUUCUUAAGUCGCACGCCAAUACCUUAAACUUUUGGAGAGCUGAAGGUGUGGAUGUUCUGCUUAUAAUAGCAGUGGGCUUUUUUGGAAUUUUAACCAUUCCUUUCCUGGCCAUUUGCUUUAUACUAAGAAAAUCCUACCACAGCCAAGCCGCGCAGGAUCAGCCACCAUACAGAACCAACCUGAAAGUGGUUGGCAGAGUGCACAGCUAUGGUGACCAGGGGAGUAGUAGAUCUCCCAAGGGAACAGAGUCGCUCAGAAGAACGCGAUCCGCUCAAUCUUUAUCGGCGCGGUCCAGCUCUUCGAGCAUGAGCUCCAAUUCACCGACGAGUCCAUCGACAGCGUCCACUACGCCACUGGACCUAACUCCCCCACCUCCGAUUCAGCUGCUCGGGCAGGUGCCGCCCUUGCAGUUGUACGUGAAUCAGCAGCGGAUAUACUCAAGCGAUCGAAAGACAUCACAGGAGGAAGCAGAACGCAGGUUCUCAUAAUGAUAUAUCUCCACACGAAAUAUAUUACUAAACUUACGGUGGAUCACAUAGAAAGGAUGCUCGUCUCGGUUUCACAUCCUCAUGUUAGGACUAGCAAAACUGUAAGAUCGUCUAACAAGCCAGCCGGAGGAUGGGAAAGCAGAGCUUAGAGCGGGAAAAUAAUCAUUGGUCAAUCUAUUACUAGUUUCAACUAGAUCUCUUAAAGAUCCAUUAAAGUUGCACAGUUGCCAACUAUAAUGCCCUCGAUUGUCCACCGAGUACAUUCCGCAUCUAUAAUCCGUGUCACAAAAUCGAUCCACCAUGCCUAUAUAAACCUAUACAUAAAAAUAUCGUCUAGUGUUAAGUGUGAUUUUUUGUUAAUACAUGUGGUUUUAUAUUUCGAUAAGUUUUAAAAUUUAUAAAUUGUAUAUAUCUUGAAUAUUUGUAUUGUGUGUAAACGAACGUUCACACUUUGAACAUAGGAUAUUUGUACUGACAAAGUAUAACAAUAAAUUGGGUACUUGAAAUUGAUUUUAUGUUCUGAUAUUAAUGUCGAAAACCCUUUACAGCUAUUUCAUUCAAUUAAUAUUUCAAUUCAAAGACUGACAACACCUUUCGUAUGUUUUUAAAAAGACAAAGCUUGAUAGAAACACAAGCGCUUAGACUGCAAUUGUUCAGCUCAAAAAAGCAACUGAGUAUUGAUAAAAUAUCUAUGUAUGUCCGUUUGUUAAUUUCGAGCUGAAAUUAAAAUUGUUAAUGUUUUUAUAAUAAUAAAACAUAUAAUGCGGUCACCUUUUUUACAAUGGGAAAACUAGAUGCAGUUUUCAAUUCGGUUUAGUUGUUCUGAAUACUUUAAAUUAAGGAUAUUUUAUAAUGCCAUGUAUGAAUUGUUGAAU